CCGUCACACGAAGUAGCCGACACAUAACGCACGCCGAUCGCAAAUAACUAAAAUUGUCGGAGAAUAAUAGAAGAGUUAACAGCGCGCGAAAUCAUUGAAAAUAACCCGAUAAUUGUUGCACUCGUUGCACUUGUCGCAACAUCCUGCCCUUUAACUUUUGCCCCAGUAAAUAUAUGAACCGCGCGCAUUUCCAGAGCCAACUAGCACAAAACACGACGUUUCAUAAUGUUGACUAAACUAUUCAUUUUCUAUUUUACAUUCAAAGUGAUCGUAGCUCAGAUAAAUGGAGAAUUCUGGUGGUUAAAUGAUAAAUUGUUAAAAUUGUAUAAAGUAGAGCCGCCUCAACCUAAAUUUGAAGAUAUCGGGGAAUUCGAAACAGACGAAAGUGCUAAAAUUGUGUUUAGAGAUGACCAGUUUGAAGUUACACAAAAAGAAGACACAUUAAGUGAUACAACAGUAAAGACGAAAGACAAUGAAGCGAUUAUUCAUUUCAGAGAUGAAAGUAAAUUGAUAAACCCAGUUGAAGUCGUAAAUAAAACAGAAGCUUUUGAAACUCAGAAUAGAAUUGACACAGUCGGUGAUACUAAAAAACAAAAUGAAGAUAAAGAAGAUGUUUUUAAUUUUGUAUUCCCAGAUGAUGUGGCGACUUUAAAAAGUGUCAAAAAUAAAAACAAUACGAAUAUUGUAAACGUUUAUAGAUCAGAAAGUUUUGUAAAUAAUGGUAAUAAAAGUGAAACUUUUAAUAAUAUAAUAUUUAAUAAUACAGAAGACUCAUUGUCGGAAAACAUUUGUACUUAUAUGAAGAAAUCUGAAUGUAAUCGCUGCAAUGGAUUUCCGUAUUUAACAGAAAAGCAAUCGAACCUUUUAAAACCUGCAAUGAAUAUCCAAAAUGUUUGCUGCAUCCUCCCACUAACCAAAUCAAAAUCCUCAAAAAUAAAAUUCCCCAGUAAUGAUUAUAAUCGAAUAAAACGUUCUAACAAUGACGAUAAUAUAAAUCCAGCUCUAAAACAGAGACAAAAUCUAAUAGAAAGGAAAUAUGGAAUACAAACAACUGCAUCUACAGUAGCUCAGAAAAUUGUAACACCGGACGAAGAAUAUAUUGACCCAUAUUUAAAUAUAAAAAAUAAUAAUUUUAAACAAAAAGUUAAUGAAUUUAAAAGUUCUCAAGAAGACAAUGAUUACAUUUACAAUGAUUACUAUGCGGCAGAAUUACCUAAACCAAGUUUAGUGGGACUGUAUUCAGACCAUAGUCCGCCAAAUUGGUCGUUUGUAUAUCCAAAGAAAGAAUCUUCAUAUUAUAAUGAUGAUAGUGUGGAAGAAGAAAUUCCAACAUUUGGUUAUUCAACUAUUGAUCCUAGACAAGCAGGUUCUUCAUCGACCGCUGCAAACUUAAAACCUAGACUUUUAAAACUUACUUCUGCCUCAGACAGAAUGCUUAAUUCAGAAAGACAUACCGUUAGUUAUCAUUCGAAUCCUGAUUUUCAAGUUCUGCAAGGAUUUAAACUGUUGAAUUUAAAGAAUAAAUUACAACCUCAUACUAUACGUACUUUAAGAAGACCUACAACUGCAGAAAGUCUUACAGAUAGUGGCGAGAAAAUGUUCCAAUCGGAAUCCAGUACAGGAGAAGAUUACGACGAUUAUACGGAGUUGACAGAUCCAUUGUACAAGAAUUGUGGAAGAACAAAUGAGGACAACGAACAUAUUUUUAACUGUGAUAGUACAAUGGGCGAAUCACCGAGAGGGGCACAUCCCUGGCUGCUGCUCGUCACACUCAGCAAGCGACGACAGAGCAUACUCUGCUAUGCGACUUUGGUACAUCCUCGCGCUGCCAUCACCACAGCUGACUGUACUUAUGAAAUGAAUGAUGAAAUCACUAUAGUGGCCGGAGCAUGGGAUCUGAAGGAGGAGAAACGUGGACACUUGCAGUACCGCAAACCGUCAGUCCGCGCACAUCAGCAAUAUACACCAGGAAAACUAGCCUACAAUAUUGCAUUGCUCUACUGGAGACGUCCAUUACGAUUGGAUUUCCACGUGCAACCGGUGUGCUUGUCAGAUGAUACUAGUAACGAAUGUAUCUUCGUUGGUUGGGGCGGGUACGAUCAAGGUGUAAAACAGCGUCCACGUUGGCAACGAGCAUCUAUUUUGUCUUCUCAAAAUUGUGCUGAAAAUAUGUCAAAUGAACAGGAAUUCGAUCUUCCAAUUGAUACAUUUUGUGCUUCCGUUGAUUCCAAGACUACCGUUACGGGGCCCGGCGGACCUUUACUGUGUAGAACGAACGAUGUGUACUCCGUAGCGGGGUUGUCUGUAUGGCGUAAUCACGUUGUAGUACUGAUGCGGCCGCAGGAAUGGACGAUACGCGCUAUGGCUGCUUUGAGAAUUAACUAAAUAACAAAGGUGGCGCGCUCACGCGAUCACGAGGGGCUCAUCGUCCGAGAACCCUUGUAUAGGAGGCACGUCGUCGUCAUCUGCAA